CCUAGGUCUGCCUCAGGUUUCUCAUUCCCUGCCUACCUAUCUCCUAAGUCCUAGGACUACAGUGCAUUAUUAAAGAGUGGUACUUCGCCCAAGAAAAGGCCCAUCGCCGAAAAGGAAAAAAACCCACUACCACUCCCACUCCCACUACCACUAACACCAUUACCGCCCUCCCCGCCCAGCCUCCCCAAAUAGUGCAGGCCCGCCGACCUCCACCGCUCAAUUCGGUCCCCUUCCAGCACUUUUCGAUCUCUCUCUCCUGUUUUCUUCUUCCCACUUAGCGCAUAGCUGUGCCUCUGCGUCCGCUCUCGCUUCCAUUCUGACUACCUUUACACACACCUUAUCUUACCGUUCACAUGGCUCCACCUGCGUCGAACUUGCCUUUGGCCGAGAGGCUGAAGGCCUUGGCCCAGACGUUGCAAUUUGCUUGGUUUGCUGGACACGUCACAUUACUGCUCUCCGUCUUCCGUUAUUCGCUGUCGUGGAUCACCUUUAACUACUAUUCUUCGUCGGCACAGGUGGCCUACCGCCUUGCAUUCCUUUCGGCUGCUGCGACAUAUGGUAUCGUGGUGUACAAGGGACAUAUCGCCCGUGGCCGCCUUCAGGGCAGCGUUCCCAGCAUUGUGGUGAAGCUCGCCGGGGAUGAAACGAAAAAAACACCAGGCAUGGCAAUUGUCUGGCUCUAUUCCCGUCAGGUCCCGCUGGCCCUCCUUCCCUUCAGUGUUUACUCGAUAUUCCAUGUUGCGACAUACUCUCGCGCCCACUUGAUCCCUACCUUGCAGCCUCCCGCUCAGGGCGCUGCCGGACCUGCGUCGCCCUCCUCUCCUGGCUCUGCCAAACCCGCUUCCAGCCCUCUGGCGGACACCAUUGGAAGAUUUGUCAAGCAGUACUAUGAUGCUAGCAUGGAUCUUGUCGCUGGACUCGAGAUGGCGCUGUUGUUCCGCUUGGCUGUGGGAAUUCUCACCUUCUCCAAGGGAGCCAUUGUCCUCUUCUUUAUCUACGUGGCUUUCUUCCGCGCGAGAUACACCCAGAGCUCGUUUGUUCAGCAGGCCGUUCGCCAUUUCACUGCCCGGGUGGAUGCUUCGGUUUCCCACCAAAGCACUCCCCCCGCGGUGCGCCAAGGAUGGGAGACCUUCAAGGGCGUUAUUCGCCAGGCUUAUGAGAACACGGAUAUGAGCCGUUUGACUGCUGGAGCCCCGGGCAAGAAGCCGCAAUAAAUGGCCGCGACACGAAUGGGCGACCACGGCCUGAGACAGGUGGGACAAG